AUGAAGGACGUUGAAGCCGGAACACCGGGCUACGAGCUUCAUGCAUCCCCCAAGCCUGGGUCGAUGGCCGGUGACGAGCCACCGCCAUCGCAUCCGCCGAUCUGGCUGCUUCUUGCUGUUUCGAUGCCGCGUAUGGCAAUCAACAUGGCCUGGUCGGCUCAGUGGGCAGCUCUAGGUCCCUAUCUGUCGACAAUGCUGUCCAAUUCCGCUGUGCAAGCCACACAGUUCAUUGGCCCAAUUGUCGGAGUCAUUGUCGGCCCCAGUAUCGGCGUCUUCAGUGACCGCACCACCUCACGGUUCGGACGUCGUCGUCCGUACCUGGUUAUCGCUGGUAUUCUAAGUAUCAUCUGCUGGAUUGCCAUGGGCUACACGCGCGAAAUUGGCGACGCUCUUGGAGACCACGGCAAUGGCGGCGAUGACGACAUGGACCGUACGUGGACGUCCGUCUUCACCAUUUUCUUCUAUGCCUGGAUGGACAUCACCGUCAACAUUGUGCAGACCCCGGCCAUGCUCCUAGUUGCCGACUUCGCCGGUGACCGCCAGACGACCGGAGCUGCUCUCGGCCAGGCCUGGUCGACCCUGGGAUCGAUCGUUGUGGCCGUCUACAUCCGCUCUUUCGGUGCUGCCUACCUGUCCAUGCACUGGUUUAUGGGCACGCUUUCCGUCAUUAUGUUCGUCUGCGUGGCAGUCGCGACGAUUUUCGCGCACGAAAUCCCGCUCGACCCCAGCAAGGUGGAGCAGGUUUCAGCGUGGACUCAGGUCAAGGACGCCUUCUACUCUGUGUGGCUUGGCAUUAAGACUCUACCCAAGGAUCUGAUUGCGUACGCUAUUGGUUUCUUCUUCGUGCAGUACGGCUACACGGCCUACAACGGCAACAAGGGGCAGUUCUUCGGCCUUGAAGUGUACGGCGGAACAGCGACAAACGCCGACAGCUGCGACCCCUGCUCGGCUGAACAGGACGCGUACAAUGACGGUGUCAGUCUUGCUGGUGGUGACGCCGAUCUGGCCUACAACAUUGUCGGCUACGUCUUCUCGUGGACUCUGCCCUUCCUGGUAAGCAAGUUCGGCCUUAAGUGGGUGCUCACCCUGUCCACCGUGCCGCAGAUGUUCCUGCUAGCCAUGGCAUGGGUCAGCAACAAGGGAUUCGACGUCUUCGUCGUCGCUAUCUGCGGUAUGACUUCUGCGGUGUGGUUCUCCUUCAUCGUGCCAAUCAUUAUCCACGUGAUGGGCGACGAUGUGGAGAUCGGCAUGUACGUGGGGGCUUUGAAUUCGGCCAACUGCUUUGGCCAGCUACUCAACUUUGCCAUCGGCACGGCCAUUGUGGAUACUUCACUCGGCUACAAGCUGCCGGUGUUCAUCGGUGGCAUUAUGACCACGUUGGGCUUCCUGACGACCGCCAUCUUCAUGAAGAUCAAGAUGUUCACUUUGUAG